ACAACGCGUAAUCUGUGUCAGGUGUUCGCAUAACGUUGCACUAAUUUCGCCGGCAUGUUUUCGCGUUAGGCGCGUGAUCGCAUAAAAUAUUACAAAAUUGAAUGAAAAAAUUGUUUUUAUAAAACCCCGGUCUCUCGAGAUGUUUUGUGAUGCUAAUUAAACAUUAUGGUAGCAGCCUUAGGUGCGUUAGCGUGCAUGACGUUCACGUUUUUUAUGGGUAAAAACCCGUUUUCCGCUACUAUGACACCCAAAGGGCAAUGCGAAAACUGCUGUCCGAUCGAUAUCAGGGAAGACAUCGCGUUUUUCUCCUAUUCGAGGAAAAACCCAAUUCGGCCACACCGGAUAUUUAUCGGCAACGAUGAAUCACUGCGAAGAACUCACAUGCACAGGAACAUGACUACAGUGAUAUACGUACAUGGAUUCACGGAACAGGGAAACUCAAAGGGAGCGACUACCAUUAAAAAAGCGUACUUGUACCGAGGCGGAGUGAACAUCAUAAUCGUAGACUGGAGCCCGUUGUGUGCGUUCCCAUGGUAUAGUCACGCAGUGAUAAAUACCAGAGCAGCUGGCCAGUACGUAGCUAGGUUCAUCGAAUACUUAGUGUCCCGAGGGUUCAUGUUGUCUAAAAUCCACUUGAUCGGUUUUAGCCUGGGCGCCGAGAUCGCCGGGUUCACCGGCAAGAACCUUAGAAUCGGAAAGCUUCCCAGAAUAACAGGACUCGACCCAGCGUUUCCAUUGUACAUGUGGACCGGCAAGAAAGGUCAUCUGGCGCCAUCGGACGCCGAGUUCGUGGACGUGAUACACACCGAUGCCGGAGUGUUUGGAUUCCCAGUGCCGUUGGGCCAUGCUGACUUCUUUCCUAACGGCGGAUUUCCUGUCCAACCCGGUUGUUCAAUUCGAGAACUCACGGAGACCAACCUUAUCACCAGACUCAUGGCCUGUAGUCACGACAGAGCAUGGGAAUAUUUCGCAGAAUCCGUGGUCAACCCUGUUGGUUUCCCAUCGUUGAGAUGUGAUUCUUACGAGUCGUUCACAGACGGUACUUGUUUUAAGGAGUAUGCGUACGGCAAGGACCAUUACACUCAGUACAUGGGUUUGGGUGUCAACAAAAAGAUCAAAGGACAUUUCUAUUUAGCUACCAGACCCAAAGCACCGUUUGCGUACAAUAAGAUCUAUAAACCGUAGCUGCCAUAACAAUAAUGUCAUAUUAAGUUUUCGUUACGUUUUGUUAUCGACUAUGAUGCUAAAUUAUUAUAGUAAAAUUUGUUUAUUGUAUAUAUUUAUAAAUAAUAAUAAUUAGUCAUAAUUACAUUUUUUAUACAUUAUAUAUAAAUCAUUUGAAAAUAUUGUAAUUUCUAACAUGUAACCGAUGAAAUUUUCAAGUGGCUGUAUAAAAAAAAUAGCUAUAACUAAUGUCCAGCUACAUAAAGUACUUGAUAAGAUUUUCUAUAAUACUUUUCGUAGUACAAUUUUUAUAAAACACAACCGAGUAGAGUAAUAAACUAAUCAUCGGGUAUAUAUAUUAACUAUUAUUAUUAUUGCCACCAGCAAUUUAAAAAAUCCUGGUGUAUGCUUUUCAAUACUCAUAAACUAUUAAAAGAUCAUUUUUUUUAAAAAUAUUAAUGCAUUCUACUUUCAUCAGUUUUUUAUAACCUCAACCCUUAUAAGAAAUUUUGAUAUAAAUUUAAGACCCUUAAAUAACAAACUCUAUAGCUAAGUAGGUAACUGGACGAACUAUUUUUUUAGUUAUUCCA